AGCUAGUGAAGUCUGUUAAUACAUUUUUGCCAAUAUAUUAACAUUGAAAAAGAAAAGUUAAAUCAAAUACGCACUGCAAAACUCGACAGCUAGACGAACAGCAGAUUCAAUAUGUUCGGGCAUAAGCUUAUAGUAUGCACGACUUUGCUCCUGUUGAGCAGCUCUGUUUACUCGCAGUCGCUGGGGGUGAGCUUGAAAAUGCCGACUUUCCCGAUCAGGAAAAGCCGUUAACAUCGAGCAGCAGCAGCUCGACUUCGACAACCUCAACCACGGCUAAACCGCCCAUAACCAGCAGCUCGAGCACCACUUCAACAACGUCGACAACAACAACAACAACUAGCACUGCGGCCCCAACAACCAGCACUGUGGCACCAAGUACCUCGACACCUGCGCCCGUGCCAACCACUACACGCAAGCCACAACCGUAUCCAGAACCAACUGCCGGCUCAUGGAACUGCUCCUGCAUUAUGCUCACCAUGGCAGCUCAGCUCAACUUACCUACGAGACAAAGAGUGAGCGGCAACAUGUCCAACGCCCUGUUCAACGUGCCCAGCACUGCUAAAUUGGAUCAUUGCUUGUGCGAUAGCCUCACGCAGUUCAUGCAGCUGAAUUGGGGUUCAGUUGACUCGCAGGAAUCGUUGGUGCUGCACUGGAGAACAAGAAUAAGUCCGUUUCACUUACUUACUUCCAUCAAAGUGGUCUUGCCGCUAUCCGCUGCAGAUUUCCCCGAUGCUAAGGAGAAUCAGACCAUUCAGUUGAUACACAACAGCCAGAACACGGACUUCAAGACGCCCGAGAAGAUGUCGUACCAUUGCACACGCGUCCAGAAGUUCAACAUGUCGGAGACCAUCAGCGGCAACGAGACCAUUGGCACGAUCAGUGUUGGCCAUGUGCAGGUGGAGGCAUUCCGCAGUGCAAAUGCCACUGGCUUCUCCACGGUGCACGAUUGCGACAGUUCGGAGACCUCCGAUGUGGUGCCCAUUGCUGUGGGCAUUGCCCUCGCGGCUCUGAUUCUUGUGGUCCUCAUCUCGUAUCUGUGUGCGCGUCGUCGUUCCACCUCUCGCGGCUACAUGAGCUUCUAAGCUGGUGUAAAUAAGAUAGCGAUAGAUAAAGAGAGUUUAGCAGAGAGAGAGAGAGAGAAAUGUGAGGAGUGCCCAGGCAGUUGGCAGCAGUUGUUGUUGUGUGUGUGUGUG